AUCAAAUAUCCUUAGAUCGAACCAAAGCAUACCUCACAAGACCCUUUUGAUUAACUCUUGACGACACGACUUGGAUAAGAAUAUUCCCCUCUAAUACAGCUUCUGUGAUCUCAUCAUUCGCCAAAGAAUCGCCAAUCACUUCAUUGUUCUUCGUCCUACCCCGUCCUAAUCCAAUAGGACAAGAGCUCUAUUCAUAUAUAAUAUACGAAUCUUGGACUUUAUCUUGGAAUUUACCCUUGCUAGGGGUGCCCCAGACCCAUCUAUUGGCUCUGUCGCCAAAGCGCGACAUCGACAACACCAGCAAUGAAUACUACAGACCAAAAUUCCACCAAAGGGACAGUGGUCAGCAAUGAAAAUGGCGAAUCCUUACGCCUGGAUUCAGAGCUCCAACUUGUGUCCUCACUAGCGAAGCUGCAAGAGCUAGAACGCAAGAUCCAUGAACUGCGGGAAUUCGUGCCACAGGGCCUCUUGGAACCCCUGGUCCCAAUCUCAAACCCAGAGAAAGUCACAGCCGACAACCCAGUCGCUGAGACACCACAGAUGUUCCGUGAGAAUUUAACCGAGGCUGCGCGUGCGCGCGUUGCUGAUGUUCAGAACUUUCAGUCGCUUUGGCGGGAUCCAACACUGAAGCCUGUGUGGGCACAUGUCGAGUCGCGCAUCAGUGAGUCAAAUGGUCAACUUCUGCAGCCGUCAGGGAAGUGGGAGAAGGACUAUGAUGUGCUUCUGGAGGAGUUAUCAAAGAAGGAGAAGAAGAAAGAGGAUGAUCAGCAGCGGGAGGAGGAGGAUGCUGAGCGUGCUAAGGCUUUCUCUACCGAGGGAGAAUGGAAGGCUGUUUUGGAGCGGUUCGUUCAGAGGAAUGUGCCCGGUGUGCGGGUUAUCAAGGGCCAGGAUGAGACUUCUCUGGCUGUGGCACUCGUCCGGGCAGGUAUUGUCUUCCAGGUUCGGGGUGAGGCUAGGGCUGAUACCCCCUUUUCUGAGUGGGAGGUCUCGAGCAAGAGUCGGACGCCGACGAAAUUGGAGGUCGCCAUGUUGGACUGCUUGGGUUCGCGUCCACGCAAAUGGGACCUUGCAUUCUUGCUAGAUAUGAUCUCUUCUUAUGCGGAUAUCAAGCAGACACCGUGUGUCAAGUGCAACCGCCUGACCAACAAUGGCGCUCAACUUCCAACUCUCCGCCGACCUCAGCCAUAUCAACAAUCAUCUACUGAAGGACCACGCAUAUAUACAUUCGACACAUUGCAUGCAGGUUGCAUUUAGACUAUGAUUUAUUCCCAUGUUGGCCCAAACAAGAUCUCAAUCCC